GCGCCGGGCGGUGCCAGCAGAGGUGUGAGCCGCCGCUCUAGCCGGUGCCCUAGAGACCCGGAGCCGGGCGCAGAUUCGCGGAGCCACUGAGACCCUCAGACCAGGUGCCAUGUCGGAGCCGUCCAGGGAUGCCCACCAGAUCCUGCAUGGCAGCAAGGCCUGCCGCCGCCUCUUCGGCCCCGUGGACAGCGAGCAGCUGCGCCGAGACUGUGACGCGUUAAUGGCCAGCUGCGUCCAGGAGGCCCGUGAGCGAUGGAACUUUGACUUCGUCACCGAGACACCGCUGGAGGGCGACUUUGUCUGGGAGCGCGUGCGGGGCCUGGGCCUGCCCAAGCUCCACCUGCCUACGGGGCCCCGGGGGGCCCGGGAUGACCUGGGCGGGGGCAAGCGGCCCAGCACCUCUCCUGCCCUGCUGCAGGGGACAGCUCAGGAGGACCACCUGGACCUGUCCCUGUCCUGCACUCUCAUGCCUCACUCCCCUGAGCGGCCGGAGGCGUCUCCGGGUGCACCUGGCACCUCUCAGGGCCGAAAACGGCGGCAGACCAGCAUGACAGAUUUCUAUCACUCCAAACGUCGGCUGAUCUUCUCCAAGAGGAAGCCCUAAUCUGCCCCCUGGAAGCCUCAAGCUCCUAGAAACAAGCCACCCCCCUCCACCGCCCCCACAGGCCUCUUCUACACCUUUGCCUUUAGUCCUUCAGUUUGUGCGUCUUAAUUAUUAUUUGUGUUUUAAUUUAAACUCCUCCUCAUGUACAUACCCUGCUUGCCACCACCCUUCCCCUACUCCCUCCAGCCUUUGGCAUUUCCAAUUAUUUAAAAACCCAUUAGAUAGCAGACAGCUUAUUAGAGUGCUAGGUAUUUUUAUGUGCAAACUUAUUUAAAACGUCUUCAUCCUACACUCUCCAUCUCCACUCUCCCAGAGGUAAGGAGGGGCACAUGUGACCCUCACCUUCUGGGUGGUGCUCCCCGGAGGGGCCUGGUUCCUUCUGCUCACCACCCCAUGGGUGUUAGGAAAUUUCUGCUCAUUUCCUGUGUUCUCAAACCCCAAUUCUUUAUAAUUUGAGAAGUAAACGGAUAGCACUUUGAAGGGGGCCCAGCAGGGUGGGGCGCCAUCAACCCUUUGGAGUCUCCUCCCCUUCUCUAAGAUUGAGCAGGGUGACCUUGAAGUGGGCACAGCCUGGAACACGGCUGGGAACGUGGCACUUCCCUGGCCCUUGGUGCCCCACCCUGCCCUGUGAAGGCCUGGACGAAGGUAGGGUCCUGUAGCAAACCACCCACUUCCCCUCACCCCCUCUGCCACCCCUAGGGGGGCCAGUCUGAAUGUUUGGCCUCCCCUGCCCCAGAUGCCCCUCUUUUCCAGCUGGGCUUUCAAGUCCCUCUCUGCUCCCCUCCCCUCCCCCAUGCCCUUUCCCUCUAGUGCCCUCUCAGCCCGAGGUGGCAGCUCUGGGGUGCCUGUCCCCCCAGUUUAGUGGACUGGGAGGGAAAGGGGUGUGCUAGAAGUAGGGGUCCCCAGUUCUACCUCAGGCAGCUCAAGCGGUGACCACCUCCUCUUACCUUCCAAGGCAGAGGGUCCGGGUGGCCGGACAGGCCUUCUUGAGUGGGGAUCUCUCUGUCAGGGGUAUGUCGCGGGGAGCAGAUUUUUUGAGGAGGAAGAGUGUGACACCAGCCCCUGGAACUCAUCUAAGGACCUUCCCCAUGCUCCACCCUCCCCCAUUUCAUUGCACUUUGAAUAGCAGCUGAACAAGGAGUCAGAUGUUUGAAGACGGUAGGGUAGAGGCUGUGGCCAGGGUGGGCUGAGAGAGCUAAUAUGGCCCUGGGAGUUGUGACAUUGUCUUUCCCAUCACUGAACUUUGAGCCCCUGGAGGCACCGAAGCACUUAGUGGGUCUGACCCCAAACAUCUUAAGUUCCUAUAAUAUGCUGGGCCUGGACUGUUUUCUCCUGGCUCCACCUAGACUGUAAGCCUCUGAAGGGCAGGGUCUCUACUUCUCUCUGCCCUUCGUAGCCCCUCCCUCCGUGCUGGGUACACAGCAGGUGCUCAAUAAAUGUUUCUUGGUGAUUUUACUUAUAAUACUA